GUGAUUUCUAAACUGCUGACGGAUUUUUAGAAUUAAUCGAACUGUUGAGGGUUGGAGGAGUAUAAUCGUCUCAGACGCUUUAAAAUUAAUGGGAAAAAUCAAAGCCUGAACCUGAAUAAAUGGAACUGGUUGGUGUAACUCAUGUAGUGGACGCCAUCACGUUCUGGGCGCAGAAAGUGAGUGAGGACCAGGCAGUAGAGAAGAUGGCUAAAACGCUGUCAGAAAGGUGCAAUGUCGCGCAGAGGGUGAUGGGUAACACCAGUCGGGAGAAGAUAUACGGAGCACUCUUCUCAGAAGAUGGUUGCUGGUACAGGUGUAAAGUGCUGGAGCAGAUGGAGAACAAGUUCCUUGUGUCAUACCUUGAUUAUGGGAACAUGGAGGCUGUCAGCCGAUCAGCCCUUGUGGAGCUCCCAGAGGAACUACAGACUGACAGUUUGGCUAAGAAGUACAAGUUCUGGGGUUUUCAUGUGUCCAGUGAUGAAGAUUCACCCCACUAUCUGCAGGGAAAGACCUUCCUGCACAAUUUGAUUUAUGGAAAGAAGUUGCGCAUCCAGAAGAAGUCUGUCUGCUUUGACGGCACUGUCCUGGUCCAGGCAUUUCAGGGGGAUUUGGACAUUGGGGAAGAGGUCCUGAAAAUGAAGUUUGCCAAAGUGAAUCUCCCUGGCAAGAGAGACUGCUCACACCCCAGCCAGAUGCUGCAGGGCCCUUCCACACUGUGGCCUCACUGGGUUAUGGAGAGAGGUGAUACAGAAGUGGCCAUGCCCCCAGGAGGUGUGCACAAACUACGCCCAGUCAACCCAGAGCGCAGACCUCAAGCUCUGAGGGAGAAGGGCACUGUUACAACUCUCCAGCCUGCAAACCUCCUAAAAAAGAAGAUGGACCAAGAGCUGGUGGAGGAGAACAAGAGGCUGAAGGCAGAGUGUAGCACCCAGCAGCAGAGUGUUGUUCUGCUGGAGAACGAGCUGAGAGAGACACAGACUGAGCUAGAGAAGAUGCAGGAGGAAUCACUGAAGCAAGAGAAAGGGGUAGAGAAGAUGAAGGAGGAGAAUAAUGCCCUCCAGCAGAACAUAGACAACCUUCAGAAUGAGCUGAGAGGGACCAGGCUGGAGCUGAAGACAGUGCAGCAAGAGAUCCAAAAGAAGGCAGAAGAGGUGGAGAGGUGUUUUGAGACAGCAGUAGGAGACAAACUGGGCAAACUGGCAGAGAGGGUGUUGUCGCUGAGAAGAGUGAGAGAGGGAAGUCCAAGCAUCACUGCAUGGGACAGUCUCUUCCGAGCCAUCUCCAUUAUCACGAACAACGGCAUCUCCCCUCCGGUUACCAUGGAGAAGGUGGAGGAGGCAUGGAAAGAGUACAGGCACAUGCAGGAGAUGCUGAAUGCGUGUUCUUCGCAGAGUGAGGAAGUGGGGGAUCUGAUUGAUCAUAGGAACAGUGUGCGGAAUGCACUGGCGGCUGCUGUGGAGGAGUACAUACAGGAAGUCGAUGGACUGCUGAUUAGCGAGCGCAUGGAGACACUUGAGGAUGUGAGUGCAUCUCUCACAGCCCUGUUUGGUUCUUUCUCCAUGGAGUGUGUUGGAGAGCAGGCAUUUGAGCAGUUUUCUGAGUGGAAGAACCAGAAGCAGCAAGAGAUUAAGAGCAUGAGAGAGAAAACAGACAAGACUCUUAUGUCUCUGUGUUUGUUGUUCAGUAACAUGGGCAAGUUUUUCUGUUUGUCAAGCACAACAUCAGUGUCCUUGACAGACGUCACAGAUGGAGUGGACACCCUCCUGAAGAACGCGGAGCAGUAUGUGUGUAAAGAGCUGGAAGUGUCCCACGCUGAGCAAAAGGAUCGUGAUGUGGAGAUUGUGAGCAGCGCUUUCAACAAAGUGAUGCAGCAGAUUCAGAAGGAGCAGAACUUGAUCUGCGGCAUUCGAGAGAAAUACCUGCUGAACACACAGUUUAAGGAGGAGGUUCUCCAGUGGCAGCACAACACCCCAAAUGCAGACAAACUCUUCUCCAUCAAGAGGCAGAUCAAGAGCUUGCGGUCACAGCUACGCUGGAGGCUGGUGGAGGAGGCUGCUGUGGAGGAGGCUGAAGAGCAAGACCUAACUCAGAUUGAGAAGAAGAAGGAGGAAAUUGCAGAGACGAGGACCGCCCUUUUCCAGGAGAUCAGUCGAGAGAGGGAGGAAUAUAAGAAGCUGAGUGCUCUGGCACAGGAGGGUUUCCCUGAACUCCCUUUGCUCUACCCGGAGGCAGACAUCCUCAGCUACAAGAGGUCUGAGGGUCUGCUGAUGAUGAGUCUGGACCGGGAAGUGUUUGACGCCGAACCCUUGAAAGACCUAAGCAGUCGGAGGCCACUAGUGUGCACCGAGUUCCAGGGCCAGAGGGUCAUCCUGAAGGGAUACUCUGUUGAUGAGGAAGCAGAGGCAAGGAUGUUGGAGCGUGCAACUGAGUACCACCGAGCUACAAAGUCCAGCGAGAACUCAGCUGGUCUUCUCCCCUUGAUGGCACUUUUCUUUGGCAAGUCUGACCCACUGGCAUAUGUGAUGGUCCCAUAUUUCGCUGGUGGAAGCCUGAGAGCUGUGCAGAAGUCCAGCCCACUGACUAUCCCUGAAAUCGCCGUGGUGAUGAGGGGCGUGGCUCUGGGACUGCAGACUCUGCAUGGAUUUGGCAUUACCCACGGGUCUCUGCACCUUAACAAUGUGUUCAUCCUCAAUCGAGAACAGGGCAUAGUGGGUGACUAUGACUUCACCAAGACGCCUGAGCAGCGGGCGGUCGACAGCGGAAUGGUCGCGGGGACCCUCAGCCUGGUGGCCCCGGAGGUCCGCCAGGGCCACCUCCCCUCUCAGACCUGUGAUAUGUACGCCUUUGGCUGCCUAAUGCUCUGGGUGAGACCUAGUUUACAUUUUAUAUCUACAUUUAGUCAUUUAGCAGACACUUUUAUCCAAAGUGACUUGCAAGGCCAUUAUGGCAAGCGACAUCAAAUGCAGUUACCGCAGCAUAACAUAAUUGAGAUUCAUUGCUAUGCUAAUAUUCAGCUAUUAGCUUAG